CCGCGGGGGCUGUCGGGAAGAUGGCGGCAGCCCGCGGGCUAGAAGGGAGCGGGGCGCGCAGGGUGCGGGGCGGGUGCCAUGAAGGAGACGGGCGGUACCUCUAUGCUGCAGAACCAGCCUCAAAGGCACUAUGGAAUUACCUCUCCAAUUAGCUUGGCUCCUCCUAAGGAUAUAGAUUAUAUUCAUACUCAGAAGCUAGUUGAAGCAAUGAAGCCAUUUGGGGUGUUUGAAGAUGAAGAAGAACUGAAUCACAGGCUGGUUGUUCUUGGUAAACUGAAUAACUUGGUCAAAGAAUGGAUUUCAGAACUUGGUGAGAGCAAGAAUCUUCCCCCUUCAGUUGUAGCAAAUGUUGGUGGCAAAAUAUUUACAUUUGGUUCUUACAGGCUUGGAGUACACACCAAAGGUGCUGACAUAGAUGCUCUUUGUGUUGCUCCUAGACAUGUGGAAAGAUCGGAUUUCUUUCAGUCACUCUUUGAAAAACUAAAGCAUCAAGAAGAAAUAAAAAAUCUAAGAGCAGUAGAAGAUGCCUAUGUACCAGUUGUCAAGUUUGAGUUUGAUGGCAUUGAGAUUGAUCUCGUGUUCGCAAGACUGUCUGUGCAAACUAUUUCUGAUAAUCUUGAUCUAAGAGAUGACUCCAGUCUAAGAAGCCUGGAUAUAAGAUGCAUACGGAGCUUAAAUGGCUGCAGAGUUACUGAUGAAAUACUACAUCUAGUGCCAAAUCAAGAGAACUUCCGGCUCACGCUCCGUGCGAUUAAACUGUGGGCAAAACGACGUGGUAUUUACUCCAAUAUGCUGGGAUUUCUUGGUGGAGUUUCCUGGGCAAUGCUAGUAGCAAGAACAUGUCAACUCUAUCCAAAUGCAUUGGCGUCUACUCUUGUGAACAAGUUCUUCUUGGUUUUCUCAAAAUGGGAAUGGCCAAAUCCUGUUUUGCUGAAACAACCUGAAGAGAGUAAUCUUAACUUACCAGUAUGGGACCCUAGGGUCAACCCAUCAGACAGGUAUCAUGUAAUGCCUAUCAUCACCCCAGCCUAUCCACAGCAGAACUCUACAUACAACGUAUCUACAUCAACGCGAGCUGUAAUGGUAGAGGAGUUCAAACACGGUCUUGCAGUAACAAAUGAGAUUCUUCAAGGAAAGCUAGACUGGCCAAAGCUCCUUGAGCCACCAAACUUCUUUCAGAAGUACAAACAUUAUAUUGUACUGACUGCUAGUGCCUAUACUGAAGAGCAUCACUUAGAAUGGGUUGGCCUUGUUGAAUCUAAAAUUCGUGUGCUGGUUGGAAACCUGGAGAGAAAUGAGUUUAUAAAUAUUGCACAUGUAAAUCCCCAGUCUUUCCCUGGCAACCAAGAACACCGUAAACAGGGUGGCUAUGUGUCAAUGUGGUUUCUUGGAAUCAUAUUUAGGAAAGUGGAAAGUGCAGAAAGUGUUAACAUUGAUUUGACAUAUGAUAUACAGUCAUUCACAGAUACAGUUUACAGGCAGGCUAACAACAUCAACAUGCUAAAGGAAGGUAUGAAGAUUGAGGCGGCUCACGUGAAGAGAAAGCAUCUCCAUUAUUUUCUGCCUCCAGAAACCUUACAGAAAAGAAAGAAGCAAAGCGUGCCAGAUACUAGUCAAAAUGCUAGUGGGCUUCAGUGUAAAAGGGCCUCUUCAGAUGGAAGCUUGGACAGUUCCAGAGACACGGACUCCAGAACACCAUGUAGUUCCCCUUCAUUAAAUAGGAUAUCUAAAUUGGACACCUCUACAGCAGAGAUGGAAAGAAGUGCUGUGAUUCAGAGAACUAGGGGCGCUAGCAACAGAGAGAAGACGAAUCAUGUAGCUGUGCCACCAGCGUCUACGGAAAUCUCCAUUCCAGUUAUUGGUUCAAAAAUGGAGGCUGCAGUUGCAGUAAGACCAUCAGGACCUCCAGCUGGCUGCACUGUGCCUGCAGUAAUAGAACAUAACAUGAUUUCUCGACUUAGGACACACUUUGUCCAAGGACAGCAUGAACUAAGUGGAACUCAAAUUACAAAUUUGAAGAGUGCUGUACCUAAACGACCUCAUUCACCUACCUCAGAAUACCCUAAGAGACCAAAAGACAGAGAAAAGUUAACUGGCCAGGAUUCAGUAUUCAGAGACGGUGGUAAUCCAGAAGAUGUAAAGAGAAGAUCUACAGAAAAUGUUGGCCUUGGAGGAAAAUCUGUGCUAAUUCCAGUUCUUGACACAUCAAGGUCACAGAGACUUUCCAGUAAAGAGCUACCAGAUUCUUCAUCUCCUGUUCCAACAACUAAUAUUCGUAUUAUUAAAAGAUCCAUCAGACUUACCCUUAACCGGUAACCUUUAUCUCUUCAGAUGCUGUAGGAUACUCCUAUUACUGUGUAGCUUUUCCAAGAUCAUCAAGUGACAAGUCACAGUCUACAAAAAUCACGGCCUUUUAGUAGUAUUAGCUUAGGUGCUUUCUUCCUUUGGAACUACUUUGUAUGCUCUUGCAACAUCUAUCUUUAUCAGUCUUUUUAAAAAGUCUUAACUAUCACUAGCUGAAACAGCUUUCUGAAAUAGCCACCGCUUGUCCUGUAACUUGGAUUCAGAACGUAUGUAAACAGGGUUGACUAGUCACUGCAUCUACAUUCUGUUUUCAAGCAUGUAGGAAUGUGCUUGUAUUCAUUUGAGCUUUCCUAGUCGCUGUAGAUGUUAUCUUCCAGUUUGGCACAUACACUCCUAUGCGUCUGUCACAGUUGUGCUCAGCUUCCACAGGCAGUAGCUUUCCACUGUCUAGCACAGCCAUGCACUACAGAAGUAUUGCCUCCCAUGGAGGCCCAUAAAUCUAAAUACUGAAGAAAAUGCAAUGGAGGAUGCUACUGAGGUACGGAGAUGAUAAACAUCCCAUGCCAUGUUACAUCUUUUUUCUUAAGACUGCUCCAACAUGAGACUUGAUUCUGUUUUCACUGGGUAGCUGAGCCAAAUUCAGAACACGGAAGCGAAGAUGCAUCUCAACAUUGCAGCGGUUGAGGCUGUUGUGACACUGCCCACCUGUAAACUGCAGUCUUUAAAGCAACUGGCGUAUAGAAAGUGGUACUGCGUUUCAGUGAAAUCCUGGAAGCUCUUCAAAAUGGUUACUUGAAAACUUGUAGUAGCCUUAAAUCUGGUUCUGUGAACAAACUGAUAACAAAGCUUACCCAGUAAAGUGCAUUAGGGUUUUUGGGGGGUGGAGAGAUUCUAAUUAUGGGAAAUAUGCUAUCUUUCUAUUGUAAUUUCUUUAUAAUUGGUGAUUUUUGUAAAUGAAGUUGUAUGUCUUUUCCAGAGUAUUUUUGUAUGUACUGUAAAAUACUAUCAUCAAAAGAAAUUUCAAGCCUUCA